AUGCACCUCGAAGGAAUCGAGGAUACUGGACCGAGUGGUGAUGGGGAGAGUAUGGAAAUCAGCGAGGAUUUGCAGCAUAUCACUCCAGAAACUCGGCAUUCAUCUGCUGUUGCUGCCAUUCAGGAUAUUGCGGGUGAUGAAUAUAUUCCUACUGGCACCAACAUCACCACUCAUUUACGAGAACUAAAAGCCAAACUUAAUACACCAUCAAAGUCAUCUGUAUCUGCAUUCAACGAAGAUGAUUUUAUUUCGUUUACGUUUGACGAAGAAGCAGAUAUUUCAACUGGAUUAAAUGCUGCUGAUGAGAUUCUGAGUACUGCUGCUCCAGACCAAAAUACUGGUCGUGAAAACCGAAACACUCCUGGACAAGAUCAUCGACGAGUAAGUGGUGUUGGAGCGUCUGUAAACGACAGUGGUCGUGGGCCGGGUAAUUCGACAAGACAGUUUAUGAGUGUCGAUCCAUUGACGCCAGUGCCAGUCCCGCCAUGGGUUCCAGACAGACGUCCUUAUUCUAACGAUACACUCACAAUGCUGAACCAGGAAAUUGAUGAUUAUGUGGACUAUGUCAGGCCAACUGAAGCAGAGCAUUCUCUACGAAAACUUACCAUUGCUCGUGUACGAAAGAUUGUAAAGCAAAUCUGGGCCGAUGCUGAGGUUCAUGUAUUUGGAAGUUUCCAAACCAAGUUAUAUCUUCCUUCAAGCGAUGUAGAUAUUGUUGUUGUUGGCGACUCGUGUGUUCUUCCAAAGUGCUUGCGGCAACUAGCAAAGGCAUUUGAAAAGGCAGAUACAUUGAGUAGAAUGGAGGUUAUUGAAAAAACAAAGGUUCCAAUCAUCAAAGGUGUAGACAAAUUGACACACUUUUCACUAGAUAUUUCAUUCAAUAUGGUGAAUGGGAUCAAGAGUGCCAAUAUAGUCAAACGCUUCAUCAAUGAUCCAUACUAUGGAGAGGGAAUACUGCCACUGAUGAUGAUUUUAAAGCAGUUUUUGGUACAACGACAUCUCAACGAAGUGUUUGGCGGUGGGCUUGGUAGCUACGGAUUGCUAAUCAUGGUGUCUUCGUUUCUCAUGAUGCACCCCAAACUCCAAUCAGGUGAAAUCAGAGCGCGACACAAUUUGGGUAUUCUAUUGCUCGAGUUUUUUGAGUUGUAUGGGAAGCAUAUGGAUUUCGAACAUGUCAGCAUUGGUCUUUCGCUAGAAAGCACAUGGUAUGCUUCCAAAUCAAAUGAUAACUUGCCAUCUAGAGGCCCACGGCAAAGUAUUUUGACUUUAUUGGACCCACAAGAUUGCUCCAAUGAUGUUGGUCGUGGCUCAUACAACUUCAUGUCCAUUCGGCGCGAGUUUUCACGCGCAUUUAACGUUUUACAGGCCAUGAUUGGUGCAGGCUAUGAACAACGAUUUAAAAAUAAUCAAGCAGGGUCUCAAAAUCCGAAUGAACACCAAAAUCAAUUACCUCGUCCUAACUUCAACUCUCCAAGUCACGUUCGAUUUGAAGCGCUUGAUAAACACAAUGUGUCAACAGGAACUGGUCGAGAAAUGGUCACUAUGCUUGGUAGUAUCCUCACUAUAUCCCGCUCUGUUCUAGAGCAUCGAGAAUUUGUUCAAAAGCGAUUUGAAGACUUGCACGAACUUGAUUUUGAAAUGUGGGAAUUAUUGAACGAGGAAAACAAAAUCACAUCGGAUCUAGCCAUUUCAUUAAAACGCAAACGUGGUGGAAAGAACGAAGAGGAUGACCCAGAAAUUGUUUACGUAGCAGUUUCUUCUAAUGACGAUGAAGAAGUAGAUUCAAAAGAACAUCCAUCAAAACGAAGUCGAAACGUUUUGCCCUUGCGUGGAAAGCGAACCCAGUAUCAAAGUAAUACAAAUUCUACAAGGCAGUCUUACAUGAAAAAAGGUGUGGCCACUGAGCUCUCUAAAAGUCGAUCGAUAGAUUUGGAUGCUGACGAAAGCAGUGAAGAGUUGUCGUGGGGUGAUAUCAAGUAUACCGAUGAGGAAGAAUCGGAUGAUAGUGACCGUGGUCAAAUAGGACGGACACUAUCUAGUAAAGGCAGAUGGACUGGCCAUGGUAAAAACAAUCGCAGUCCGUCUGGAAACAGUGCACACCGUGGCAGGGGAAAUUAUGGAAGUCAAGGAAACAAUUCGUUUUCCAGUCGACGAGGAAAUCAAUCUCAUUCGUCCAGUCAUAUGAAUGGUAGAUCCCGUAGGGGUCAAUCACAGCGCGGAUUUCGCGGCGGUAAUUCUAGACGGGAGCAAAAAAACUAA